GGUCAGAGGGAAUGAAACGUCCUGAUGACGACGGCAGCUGAAGAAAAUCCCACUCCUAAUGCAAACGAGCAUCAAAUCCUCUGACAACGUGACGCAGCUGGAGGCUCGUGGAGGAGCGUGCGGGGGUUAGAUGGAGUGAUUUGAUUUCUCUUGGAUGGGGUUAAAAAAACCGAGGGAUGCCAAAUGGAUUCACUCACCUGGGCUCACCUGGUGUGUUUGGCAGUGAAGCAGCUCUCAUCCUCCUCCCUUGUCUCUUCUUUGACCGUUCAGCCCUGAGCUCUGACCAUGAAGACCAGGACCCUGCUGUCGGUCACCCUGAACUUCUUCGCCCUGUUCUUCGCCGUGACCGCCUUCAUCACGACGUACUGGUGCGUGGGGACCCAGAGGGUCCCCAAGCCYAAGUGCAGCAAGCUGAGGACCCACCACUGCAUAGACUACGGGGUGAACGAGACGGACCCCAACAAAGUGGUUUACAGCUGGGAGACCGGGGACGACCGGUUCCUGUUCCGACAGUUCCACACUGGGAUCUGGUUUUCCUGCGAGGAGAACAUCCACGAUGAAAGUGAGAGAUGUCGAAGUUUCAUUGAUUUAGCUCCUGCAUCAGAAAAAGGGAUGCUGUGGCUGUCGGUGGUUUCAGAGAUGUUGUACAUUUUUCUCCUGAUGGUGGGCUUCGGUCUCAUGUGUGUGGAGCUGGUCCACUCCAGCAACGUCAUCGAUGGACUCAAGCUCAAUGCCUUUGCUGCCGUCUUCACUGUGCUCUCAGGUCUCCUGGGCAUGGUGGCUCAUGUCAUGUACACUCAGGUCUUCCAGGUCACCGUCAGCCAUGGCCCGGCUGACUGGAGACCCUACAACUGGGAUUACGGGUGGUCUUUCUGCUUGGCUUGGGCGUCUUUCACCUGCUGUAUGGGGGCAUCCGUCACCACGCUCAACUCCUACACCAAGACCGUCAUCGAGUUCAGACACAAACGCAAGACGUUCGAGCAAACUAUCCGGGGCGAGAACACUCGGGAGGCUUACGGAUAUUUCCGGGAUCACUCCUUGCACUCCAUCUCCGAAACGGUGAAUGUUUACUCCAGCCAGUGUCUGAAAAGUGGCAGGAGGACUCCCAUACCUGCCGGCUCCUUGGACCUGAGUGACUUUGCAGCCUCUCUGGGGGAGGAYCAGUGCUGAGACGGCCAUGACACUUCUCCCAGCGGCUCAUCUUGGAACGUCAAGAGAUGCUUUUGACUCUUGAGUGUUUUACGCAGACUGAGGGUUUGUGAGGACACUUUUAGCAUUUCAACACUGCCUUAAAUAAAAACAGGUCACGGAGCUCAAACUGGAGGAGACCAGCUACGAAGUGGGGAAAAGUGGACGUUCUGUGAAACGCGUGGAUACAUUUGUCAGUUUUUGUAACUAAAUAUAAUGUGAAAAUUCAAAGAAAAUGUUGAGUGUGUUUAUAAAAACAGAGCGAGAGGCUCUCAGUUUCUAACAGCCUUAUUAAACAUAAAAUAAAA